AUGACGGAUGAUCGCGUAUUAUGCUUCGAUUUCCUUUACUACAUAAGCGCGCAUCAUACACUGGAAUGGGAAUUAGACUAUUCUCCUGCAUGGAGAUUUGUAGGCCAACACAUGCGAUGGACUGCAAGCAUGGAUAAAUUUGCCGAUCCGCAUGCCCGACGCGCCAUGAAUGUACCAGUAACGGAGCCAACACCUCCCUAUAUAUACAUCCACAUAUGGUACGGUGACUUCAGCCAGAAAUGCGAGGAGUUUCCUGUGGAUCAGUGCUUCGCCUCGUUGUCUGUCAUUGCGCGCCGGGUAUCCGAGGUGCAAGAAGAGCUUCGGACACGAAAAGGGAUUGAUGACACACAUGUUAUCAUGAGGAGCGACGAAAGGGACCCGGAAUGGUGGUCAGAGGUUAGGGCGUUGGGGUGGAUGUGGGUAGAUUAUGCAGCGGAGCAGACAGGAGAUCUAUGGAAAAUGGCAUCCGGUGUUCAUUAA